AUAGCGCAGCUCUGCCGGCAGGUGUCGCCAUUCUGCGGCUUUGCUUCACUGCAGCCUCUACGGCGUCUGCCAAGGGACAUUUUAUGAUUUACUUUGACAAAUACUGAUGUUUGUGGUGUUUUAUUGACAGAGACAGACUUGUAAACAACCAGCGGAGUGUUUUUCACAUUUAAAUGUCCUGAGGAUUAAACGCUGAGUCGUUUAAAGCCGCGCAGAGACGCUCCGUCACCGCCGGGCUGCGAUGACAAGUAACGGGAGUUAGUGGCCGGAGGCAGCGUCGCCACUUCGGACUUUUUGUCUGGGAACCAUUGAGUCCAUCCGGUGAGUGAAUCUGUGACCGGUCCCCGGACCGAUAAGGCGUUAACGACCCCGUUAGAGGCAGGUGAGUGACGGGGGAGAUAACGGAGCUGCUGCGGGGCCGCUAACUUCACUUAGCUCGCCAUGCUAACGCUAGCUCGGCUGUAUUUAGGUUAGAGCUAGCUAGCAGCGAGCUAACGUUGCUAACAGGAGCAGCUAACAUAAACUGUUUGGACAUUUACCGUCAGCCUGAAUAAGCGUGUUUAAGUCGCUUACCGGCGGGUUAGCUCGCUGUAAAGUCGCGGUAACGUCUUUAACGCAGAGCUGGUGUGUUUGCGUUCAUUAUACGUCACGGACAAAACCGUUAACUCUUCGUUAAAGUGCGCUACUUUGGCAAACUUCGCCUUUUUGUGAUUCAUUUGUGCUCCAGGAGAAUGAGGUCCAGAGCAGCCCUCCACCGCAGGACGUCACGGAGCUCAUCACGGCUCAGUCACCACCGUUAGCCGCCUCUGAACGGGUCGUAACCGGGGUAACAACCGGGGUGUAACCGGGGCCGAGUCUCCUGCAGCAGGACGAGUGCACACACACCGUGAGGAGGAGUGAAGGCCAGUGUCUGUGUGCAGUCUGAGUCUCAUGGAGGAGGAGGUGACGGUGAGCAUGGAGUACCUGCUGGAGCAGGUGAUGCACAAGGACCUGGGCAAGAGGCUCCAGGUGGGCCCCGAGGUCAUGGAGCUGAUCCUGGACGAGGAGAGGACCCCCGACAUGGAGCAGGAGCAGGGCAUGCUGGACAGGAUGGUGGACGCAGUGGCCAGCUCCUGGGUCAACUCCAGCAACUUCAAGGUGGUGCUGCUGGGGAUGGACAUCCUGUCAGCUCUGGUCAGCAGGCUGCAGGAGAGGUUCAGGACGCAGGUGGGAACAGUGCUGCCCAGCCUCAUCGACCGCUUAGGAGACGCCAAGGACCAAGUCCGGGACCAGGACCAGGCUCUGCUGCUGAAGAUCAUGGACCAGGCGGCCAACCCACAGUACGUGUGGGAGCGCAUGAUGGGAGGCUUCAAACACAAGAACAACAGGACCAGAGAAGGACUGUGCCUCUGUCUCAUCUCAACUCUCAACGUGUUUGGAUCUCAGAGUCUGACGCUCAGUAAAAUCGUCCCUCACAUCUGUAACCUCCUGGGAGACCCCACAAGUCAGGUGCGUGACGGAGCCAUGAACUGCCUCGUGGAGAUCUACCGCCACGUCGGGGAGCGAGUGAGGAUGGACCUGGGAAAGAAGGGUCUGCCUCAGUCACGGCUGAACGUCAUCUUCAGUAAGUUUGAUGAAGUCCAGAGGUCGGGGAACAUGGUGCUGUCACCUGUGUCAGAUAAAAACUUCGAGGACGAUGACUCGGGGGACGGCGGCCGCUCCUCGUCCUCGUCCAAAGGAGCCUCGCUGUCUGGGAAGAAGACGGUGAGCAUGGGAUCGUUUCGACGCCCCGCCUCCGCCUCCAGCAGCAAGUCUGCAGGGAGGGACGGGUCUGGCGCAGGAGCUGUGGACGAGGAGGACUUCAUCCAGGCCUUUGAGGACGUCCCCACAGUGCAGAUCUACUCCAACAGGGAGGUAGAGGAGGCCAUGACGAAGAUUCGAGACGUGCUGUCAGACGAUAAGAGGGACUGGGAGCUCAGAGUGGCCGCGCUGAAGAAGGUGCGUUCGCUGCUCCUGGCCGGCGCCGCAGAGUUCGACGGGUUUCCUCAGCAGCUGCGUCUGAUGGAAGCGGCGUUCAAGCUGUCGGCCAAGGACCUGCGCUCUCAGGUGGUGAGAGAGGCGUGCAUCACUCUGGGACACCUGUCGUCGGUGCUCGGCAGUAAGUUCGACCACUCUGCAGAGGCCACCAUGCCCAUCCUCCUCAACCUGGUCCCCAACAGUGCCAAAGUCAUGGCCACCUCCGGCGUGGCCGCCAUCCGCCUCAUCCUCAGACACACACACUUCCCCCGUCUCAUCCCCAUCAUCACCAGCAACUGCACCUCUAAAUCUGUGGCCGUCAGAAGGCGCUGCUUCGAGUUCUUGGACCUGCUGCUGCAGGAGUGGCACACCAGCUCUCUGGAGAGACACGCGACAGUUGUCAUGGAGACGAUAAAGAAAGGGAUCCAUGAUGCAGACGCCGAGGCUCGCUCUGUGGCCAGGAAGUGCUACUGGAGCUUCCACGGUCACUUCAGGCGGGAGGCGGAGCAGCUGUUCCAGGGCCUGGAGUCGUCCUAUCAGAAGGCUCUGCAGGCUCACCUGAGGAGCGGGGACAGCCUGAUGUCACUGCCGGCCUCAGACCGCUCCUCCUCUUCCUCCCAGGAGAGCCUCAACCGCCCGCUGUCCGUCAAGAACACCUUUGGAGGCGGGGCUACAAGAUCCAAACCGGCGCACACCAGGACUCCUGCUGCAGCCUCCUCUCCAGGCUCCCUCCAGCGCUCUCGCAGCGAUGUGGACGUCAACGCGGCGGCCACCGCUACAGCCCGCACCAGGAUGCCCGCCGUGCCCUCUGCAGUGUCGGCGGCUUCACCCUUCAGUUCGGCCUCGGCGCUGCCUCCUGGAUCCUAUGCUUCACUGGGUCGAGUCCGAACCAGGAGGACGAGCGCGGGGAACGGCCCGACUGUGACGGACAGCCGGGGGAGGAGUCGAGGGAAGGUCGUCUCGCAGUCUCAGCCCGGCAGCAGGUCAGGUUCUCCCGGCCGACUGCUGAGCUCCACCUACGGCAGGAUCCCCAGGCCGACCAUGGGCACCGCCGCCGCCACCGCCGCCAGCAACACCUCCGCCAACCUGAGCGACAAGGGCCGACCCCGAGGUCACCGCAGCCAGGGCUGCAGCCGGGAGACCAGCCCCACCAGAUCAGGCUCAGCCCGGAGCCGGAUCCCCCGGCCGAGCAUGAGUCAGGGCUGCAGCCGCGAAACCAGUCGCGAGAGCAGCCGCGACACCAGCCCCGCCAGGGGUUUCUCCCCCCUGGCCACUCGACGUCACUCCCGGUCAACCAGCGCCCUGUCCUCUGCAGAGUGCUACUCAGACCGGCUGUCCCAUCAGGCUCGGAUCUCGGCCUCCGUCAACGCCAUGAGAAUCCUCAACACCGGCACCGACGUCGAGGCUGCCGUCGCUGACGCUUUGCUGUUAGGAGACUCGAGGAAUAAGCGGAGGCCGGUGAGGCGGCGCUUUGAGUCUCCUGGGAUGUACUCGGACGACGACGCCAACAGCGACGCCUCCAGCGCCUGCUCCGAGCGCUCGUACAGCUCGCGGAACGGGGGCAUGGCGCCACACUUCCUGCGUCAGACGGAGGACGUGGCGGAGGUCCUGAACCACUGCGCCAGCGCCAACUGGUCUGAGAGGAAAGAGGGGCUUCUGGGACUGCAGAACCUGCUGAAGAGUCAGAGGAUGCUCAGCCGCGUGGAGCUGAAGAGGCUCUGUGAGAUCUUCACCAGGAUGUUUGCAGACCCUCACAGCAAGGUGUUCAGCAUGUUCCUGGAGACUCUGGUGGACUUCAUCACGCUGCACAGGGACGACCUGCAGGACUGGCUCUUCGUGCUGCUCACUCAGCUGCUGAAGAAGAUGGGGGCCGACCUACUGGGCUCCGUCCAGGCCAAAGUCCAGAAGGCCCUGGACGUCACCAGAGAGUCGUUCCCGUACGAGCAGCAGUUCAACAUCCUGAUGCGUUUCAUCGUGGAUCAGACGCAGACGCCCAACCUGAAGGUGAAGGUGGCCAUCCUGCGCUACAUCGAGGCGCUCGCCCGCCAGAUGGACCCGGCUGACUUCGUCAAUUCCAGCGAGACGCGCCUCGCCGUGUCACGCAUCAUCACCUGGACCACCGAGCCAAAGAGCUCCGACGUCCGCAAGACCCUUCAUAACUGGGCAGGGGAGGAUUUCUCAGGCCGCCCCAGCACCGUGGCCUCUCUGCCUGGAGAGGGCAACCUGGAGGAGAGGUGCAAGCAGGCAGCCCAGGUGGUGCUCAUCGCCCUGUUCGAGCUGAACACGCCGGAGUUCACCAUGCUGCUGGGCGCCCUGCCCAAAACCUUCCAGGACGGGACCACCAAGCUGCUGCACAACCACCUGAGGAACGCCAGCGCCAACAGCGGCAUCAGCAUGGCGUCUCCCAGUAACUCUGCAGGCCGGACGCCUCCUCGGCAGCCCAGCAGUCGCAGCAGCCCUCUGACAUCACCCACCAACUGCUCCCAUGGCGGCCUGUCUCCCAGUCGGCUGUGGGGUUGGAGCGCUGACGGGCUCUCCAAGUUCCCUCCUCCACCCUUCCCCUCCCCUCUCACUCCACCCACUGCCCACUCCUCCCUCAAGGCAGUGCGGCGAGCGUUCUCACCCAGCAUGCUGGAGUACGACAGUGAGAAUCUGAACUCGGAGGAGAUCUACAGCUCUCUCCGUGGCGUCACCGAGGCCAUCCAGAACUUCAGUUUCCGCAGCCAGGAGGAUCUGAUGGAGCCGCUGAGGCGGGACGGCAAGAGGGACGGCAUGUCUGGAGUCGGCGCGUCCUCAGACUCCGACGUCGUUGGGGGAGGACGCACCGCCCUGGACAACAAGACGUCGCUGCUGAACACGCCGUCCCCGCGCUCCUUCGCCGGCCCACGCUUCAGAGACUACAACCCGUACAACUACACGGACAGCAUCAGCACGCUGGACAAAGCUGCCCUGAAGGAGGCGCUGUACGAGGACGCUGUGGAGCAGCUGCGAGACGGCGGGAGACAAGAGUGCGUCGAGAACAAGAUCGUGAGCCCCAAAAGCUUCCCAGGACCCGCCGAGCAGCUGCAGCUGGUCGGCGAGCUGCUGAAGGAGCUCUCCCAGGGCCAAGGCGGGGAGCGGGGCCCCGAGGAGCGGCGUGGGACCCUGCUGGAGCUGCUGAAAGUGGCGCGCGAGGACAGCCUGGUGGUGUGGGAGGAACACUUCAAGACCAUGCUGCUGCUGCUGCUGGAGACGCUCGGAGACAAAGACCACACGAUCCGGGCGCUGGCCCUGCGAGUCCUGAAGGAGAUCCUGAGGAACCAGCCAGCCCGCUUCAAGAACUACGCCGAGCUGACCAUCAUGAAGACGCUGGAGGCUCACAAAGACUCGCACAAGGAGGUGGUGCGUGCAGCGGAGGAGGCGGCCUCCACGCUGGCGGCCUCCAUCCACCCGGAGCAGUGCAUCAAGGUCCUGUGUCCCAUCGUGCAGACGGCCGACUACCCCAUCAACCUGGCCGCCAUCAAGAUGCAGACGAGGGCCAUCGAACGCAUCGCCAAGGAGCCGCUGCAUCAGCUGCUGUCUGACGUCAUCCCCGGGCUGCUGCAGGGCUACGACAACACGGAGAGCAGCGUGAGGAAGGCCAGCGUCUUCUGCCUCGUCGCCAUCUACUCUGUGAUCGGAGAGGAGCUGAAGCCGUACCUGGCUCAGCUGACCGGCAGCAAGAUGAAGCUGCUCAACCUGUACAUCAAGAGGGCUCAGACCUCCACCAGCAACAGCAGCAGCUCCUCCGACAUCUCCUCCUACUAACUCCGCCCAUGCCCAGCCCUCCUCCUCAUCAUCUUCAUCACCACAUUUCAUUCCAUCAGACAACACAAACAGGAUCAUGAUUUAAUCUAGAUGUUCUGUGUAGGAGCAGGCGCCUCCUCCCAUCCAGUCUCCUCCUGCUGAGGAAGAUGAGGAGGCGCUUGUUUUUGGGAGGAAGGAGGCGGCUGAGACCUCCUCUGUCAGCGCUAGAGUCAUGAGCCUUAAGACUUUUAUCUUCCAUGGAUGGUAGGAACCUCUGUCUCCUCCUCUUCCUCGCUCCUGGGACCUGAGGUGAGUCUGCUCCUUCCUCUGAGCGCAGGAGCACCCUGUGGCUAUAUCAGUAUUUGUACUCCUCUUUAGUAUCCACGUGUUUAACGUCCACUUCAGACCUGACUGUGUAUUGAAUGUAAAGAGCUUUGAACCAUGUUCCUCCUUCCUGAACUACUGCCUCAUCCAACCUGGUGGAUCAACCUUAAAGGAACACGUGAGGACGUUUGAGCCACAGAGAGCGGCGCCAACGUCUUUAAAGGGUCCAUCUGAACAUUAAUGUGUCACUGGUUUCUUAAAGUACAAGAGAAGAAGAACGAGUCUCCUUGAUAUAAAACAUUUUAGCUUUAAAAGAUCAAAAUGUGAAGUUGAUGUUAGUUUGCGUUGGAUGAUCAUUUGGCUGGCCAAUGAUGCGAAGCACUACAGUGAGUUGAUUUUGGGCCCAACGACCAGCACGAGGUUUUAUUUAAAGGACAAAUCAUUUUACAGGUGUUAGAGGGUUUAAUUUGCUCCGUGUGACGCCCAUCAGGUCAAUAACCAAUUACAAAUCUCAGUUUUUAAGUUUAAUUGUAACUCACAGGGCUGGACCAAGCAGAUUUAGCGCCCUGGGUGGGCUUCCUCUGGGGCCCCCGACCCUCCCGAAAAAAUAUAAAAAAAUGUUUCAUAUAUUACAAGGAAUAAAAAAUGAAGAGAAAUCAACUGAAAUAAUAAACGAAUAUAAUUAAUAAAGGAACAACAGCUGGAUGGUGAAACAUUUUUAUGUUGAAAUCAAAUAUAAUUUUUAACUCGCAGUGCCGGACCUAGCAAAUUCAGCGCCCUGGGCAAGCUUGUGCUGGGGCCCCCAACAUCCAGAAAAAAUAUUUAAAUAAAUAAAGACUUGUUAUAUACAUUACAAACUAACCAAAGAUAAAAUAACAAACAAAUGAAAUGAACAAAGGAACAACAGCUGAAUGAUGAAACAUUUUUAUAGUGACGUAAAGUAUGGUUUUAAUUGUAACUUGCAGGGCCGGACCAAUCAGAGUUAGCGCCCUGGGCAAGCUUUCAUUUGGGCCCCCAACAUCCAGAAAAAUCCCCAAAACCCAAAUAACAAACAAAUCUGAUAAAUAAACAAUUAAAAAUGCAGUAAGUGCAAAUUUGGGACUGAACAAGUCUGAACAAACGUGUUUACGUCUGUUCAAUCCAUCAAAUUGGGAAAAAAACAGGGGCCAUUUUAAGUCAGCUGAAGUCAAAUGUUUUGACUCGACCAGCGGACUUCACUAAAAGCCUGAAAUUGUAAAACCAGCCGCUGGCGAUUCGACCUAGCCUGGAAAUCCAGACUCAAAUCUAGAAAGAUUUUGAGUCUGGCCCUCACCGAUACACCCUUCCUACCCAAGGGACGGCACUAACUGAGGCAUAUUAAAUGCCGCCGCACGCAAUUGGAUAGCACGAUGGCCAAUCAGAGCAAAAGACAAGGUGACGUAUUCAUUGCACUAAGCCCCCUGUGUUUGCCGACCAGUGGGGCUAACUGAUAUAUUAUGCUUUUGCCAUAUACCGUCAGCAAAACGGCAAAAACGUCCUUCCUGGAAGCGAAGGCUUCUCGGGCAGUCUUCUGUUCCUCUCAAGGAAAAAGAUAGUUGGCUUAGCGUUUCUUGCACAGCUAAACUGAAUGGACGCGGUCCUUCGGCAGCUGCCAUCUUGGCUGUUUACUUAAUGUACAGUUACGUUAUCAACGUAAAGUUACAGAGGUUAGGUUUGGGAAAACAAACAUGGUGAUGACGUACCUUAAAAAGACUCAAAGUUCACCAAGCGAAAGGCUGUUUUUUUGUGACCCAUCGACCACCCAACUUGCACGACCACUCAGUAGCGCUUCCUUGUUUACCGUCAUCGCCACAUCGGUCCUGUUAUCGCAGCCUUUUAAAGUUCGUGGGAUAAGUAUGAAUUUGCGUUCGUUACUUUUCAUAGGAAAACAUAUGAAAAAUUUGUGAGACCAGGCUGCCAGUUCACACAGGAUGUGGAUUUAUCACUUCCUGCCCUCUGUCUGAAAUUUGCACGUCACAAUAGUUACGUCAGUUUUUUCAGUUUUUUAAUAGUAUUACAGACACGAGUAAACAAAUUUAAACAGGAUAAUAAACAUUUUCCACUUCUUCCAAAUUCCCUCAAAUUUAAUUUCCUGAACCGUCUUUCUUAUUAUUAAACUAUUUUCAUUACAACAUAUAGCCACAAACUCUGCAUUCAUUUUGAGAUUGAAAUUUAAAUUCACAUUGUGACGUAACUGUGAUGCAUAAAACUAGAAGAAUAUUCUCCAAUUUUUACCAGUAAGACCAGUAAGGUGUUGUUGGACCAAACACAUUUAAACAAUGUCACUGAAUAAUACAACAGCUGUUAAAACUAUUAAAAUGUUUAUUUGUAAAUUAAAACAAUCGUGAAUUUAAUUGAUUUAAAUGUAAACUUUACCUGAUGAGCGUCACGUGGAUCUGAUUCGUCACCUCUGUACAUAUUUCAAUAAAUGAAUCAUACGGUGGAUUUUUAAUCGAUUUCUAGUGACUCAGCUGAGAAAUAACAGUUUUAUGAUUUUUAGAUAAAUGCAAUCAAACCACUGAAGGACAGCCGAGAUGUUUUGUCUCUGCCAUCUCAGAGCGAUGUGAAGCUAACGGCCCAGUCGUGUCCAAACUGGGAGUUCAUUGGUUUAGAUGUCUGCUGUCUUACAGGCUGUCGAGUCAACACUACUGUGAUCUGUUAAGUCUCAUUCCAAAAUACUGUAAUAUAUCUUAUGUGUUGUAUAUUACACCUCAAAGGUCAUUUAAAGGUCAAUAUCAAGGUGUCAGAGACAGUAUCAGUGUAACUGCUGCUGACAGUGUGUUCUUCUGAAUCAGUUGUUCCUAAAUUGAAUGUAAAUCACUACGACCUUUAAAAUGUGAAAUAUUUGAGCAAACGGGCAAAAAUGUACGGAGGACCAAAGAUGACGCAAUUAUCAAUAAAUAAAUAAAUAAAUAAAUAAAUAAAUAAAUUUAUUUUAAAAAUACGGGGAUUAAUAAAAAAGUAAAUAAAUUAUACAUAAAAUAACAAAUAAAUGCUGAAAUAAAUGCAAAAUAAUUAAUGUAAAAAUAGAUUUAAAUAAAUGGAUAAAUGCAUAAAUUAAUUAGAUAAUUAAACAGAACAAAAUAAAUGAAUAUAUUGAUUUUAUUUCUUUACUUUUCCACAAUUAAAAUUAUUUAUGCAUUUAUUUAUUUCUAUAUAUUUAUGUAUUAUUUUAUUUAUUUUGAUUUUUUUUUUUUACUAAUUUUAAUCCCUGUAUCUAUUUAUUGAGUUAUUUACUGAUGCGUUUGUCAUACUUGGUCCUCUGUAUGCCGUCAAUCAGACAGAAGGACUGACAAUCUGAAUGAUUGGCUGCUACUCAAAGCGAAGUGAUGAAUUGUGCCAGCGUAACUUAAAGUCGAGCGGACGAUGAAAGAGAGCGUGUGAUGUUCGGACAUUAGCAAUAAACUCUGAGAAAUCCAGUGUGGAUUUUAAACGUCGCAGCACUGUAAGAAUCUGCACGUGUUCCUCCCGUGAGACGCUCUCGCUCGUCAGUGUACAGACGUGUCCUCGUGUUUUUAUAAAGUGCACCUAUAAUGAAAUGUUACUGCUGCUUAUUAUAACACUAACUAACGCGCCUAACAACUCCAGCGUGCGGCCGCGGCUCAACAGGAAGCCGCCGUUACCACGAACAAAACGUACUGACUGAAGUAUUUAAAGUUUCCUGGUGGUUCAAAGAAACGCUACAGAGGAGGGUGACGUCGUGUUUAAGGAAAGAUUUCAGGAAAUACGAUAUGAGAUGAGAAUGUCGAUGCCACCUUCAUGUUUGGACACUAAAUAUGAAGCUGCCGCCUGUUAGCUUAGCUUAGCUUAGCUUAGCAUAAAGACAAAGGGGGAAAUUUGCACCACUUAAGUUUCUUCUUCUAAAGCCUGACAGGUCUUCUGUACUGUAGCUUGUUCAGAACCUGGUGCCAAAAUGAUUUCUACAACCUGAAUUUUUUUCACAAUUAUUUUACUGUAUAAGCCAUUAUUUAAAAAAAAGAAAGGUAUUUAUUUGACAAGGCAAAUAAAACACAACAACAAUUGGACAAAAAAGAACAAAAGAACAAUUAGACAAAAAUGGAAAAAAAAACCCAAAUUGGUUAAAAAUGGGGGGAAAAAUUGGACAAAAAUGAAAAUAAUAAAAAAAGAAAACAAUUGGACAAAACUGGAAAAAAAAUACAUAAAAUAAAACCAAUUGGACAAAAAUGAAAAUAAUAAAAAAAAAACAAUUGGACAAAAAAAGAAACAUAAAUUAAAAACAAACAAUUGGACAAAAAUAAAAAAAAAUGUAAAUAUUUAAAUACAAAAAGAAAGAAUAAAAAAUUCAAAUUCUUUGGAUCCUUCAGUAAAAAUAAAUAAAUAAAUAAAUAAUUACACUGAAAAUGAAAAUUUGACAGAUGGAUCCCAGUGUUCACUACAGCAUUUUUUCCCCCAUUUCAUGCUGUGUUGAGCUGCUUUUUCUUUUAUUUAUUUAUUUUUAGUAAACUUAGAUUAAAAAAAUCAUUGUGAUCAAUUUUAUGCGUAUAGAAUAAUUAAAAAUAAUGAAAAAAAAGUCUGAUGAACAGCCCAAAGACUAUCACUAUCUACAAAAAAGAAACUAUAAAGUUUAGCACUUAUUUUUUACUUAUAUGCCUGCUCACUUUGUGUCAAACAGCCAGUAAAUAAAUGAAC